GGGUCUACUGUAUUUCCUGAAACACGAGUAAUACUGCAACAUAGUUUCCUAGGUCCUGUGCUAACGGCAGUCCAGACAGGAGAUUAGGGUUGCAAUUACCUGCUGGUUGGCCCUCAGCUCGUGGCUGGUUCUACGCGUAUAGUUUGUUUUGUCUGACACCGGUUUAGUGGUUCGAAUGUCUGGGGGUAAUGCCCUCGAUAGCUUCUCAUGCGAAACCAAGGCGCGUUAGUGUGUAGAAUUAGUGCUGACGAGCUAGAAAGGGACGCAUGCCUUGCGAUGGUUCCGUUUAGACGAAGCCGCGUUAGAUGAACAAUCGAGCGUAUCGACGGUAGGCUCUGUUAAAAUGGAUGUCAGAUUAAGCUAAUGCCGGGGCCUGUGAUGGUUGCGUCAUCUUCUGGAACGGAGCUUUUCAAAUCACUGACAGUUCUCGAGACGUAGCGUACUUUAACCCCUAAAAAUCAAGUCUUGCCUGUUUCCUUCAGAUUUAUGGACAGAAGGUGUUCGGUUCUGGGAUUCCAGAGGAUGUGGCUUGCUCUUACACUACAGAGUGUUUUUGAGAAUUCUAAAAAACACGGGUUUGCUGGCUACGGUCCAGAUCCCAAGAACCACGUAGGUUGCCCUUUUCCCUGGCGUCUCUGUCACGUCAGCAUCCGUGGUUCAAGAAGGUGCAGAUUUUCAAGACAGCAGCGUUAGUUCUGGUAGUCUUUCUUGUAACACUCAUGGACGGUCACGGAGGCACCGUGACGUCAACGUCGUCCCAGUGGAGCGGAUCGGACGGCUCUGAUCUGUCCCCGAAGGACGUGAGAUGUGCGCGAGGCCCGAGACGGCGAGGGUGGCGGAGAUUGGCGACUAUCUUCAGCGGAUUUCGACAGGAGGAGGAGGAGGAGAAUGAGGGGGGAGUCGAGUGGCGGAACGGGAGAAUUCUGGCACUCGGCACGUCACCAUCCACAUGGCACGUCCCCAUUGGACCAGGUCUUGGUGGACACGUCAGCAGCACCCUCCGUGACUUUCAGCGAUGCACUCAUGAUGGAGGUCCUUCCUAGAAGCUUCCCGGAUGGCAAUGAUGAUAUUUAUCCUCGUUACAGCAUGCAUGUUCCUCACAUGGGCGCUCAUGCGCUCCCAAGCCACGUCCGCCCUCUCGCACGUGGCCCGGGACAUGCGGGUGCAGCUGGUGCAGGGCGUAUCUGCCGGGAUGGCGGCAGUGUUUGCCGCUAUGCGUCCCUCUGCAGCCCAGCUGGCGUCCUUACAAGGAGCCAUUCUCUCAGGGACGUUUUUCAGGGAGGGCUAUCUGGGGAAGGACUCAUCAGCAGCGGAUUCAAGAGUCCUCAUACUUCUCGCUAGUCUAGUCAAUGACACUCUCUACACCUUUGAAUCUUCACAACCUGCCAAUUCCGGCCAAUUCGGCGCUGCCACGUCACCCAACCCUAUCACAGCCGCGGCAGCAGAGUACCUGUCUGCGUCGCUGUCCCCCUCGCAGCUGCUCUCAGCCUGCUUCUCCUCCCCUGCUCUCAUCUCCCUUGGGAACUAUGGAAACCAGGGGAACCUGGGGAGCCUUGGGGGCACUGGAACCGUCUGGAGUACUGAGCACUACUAUGUGGACGCAUGUCCUGUAAACGCCUCCAGCCUGCAGGGUCCUCUUCCCAACGCCUACGACCUGCAGGGUUCUGGCAACGUGUCGAGCCUGCAGGCCCAGGAGCUGCAGCCGUAUUCUCUGGUGGUGAUUUCCGUUGUGCUGGCAGCCAGUAUAUUCGCCCCCUUGGAGUCUGGCAGCACCACUGUCAUGGCCCUCUGCAUCGCCCUGCCACUGCUUAUCCUCGUUAUAGGCUCGCUGCUCGUCUGCCUGACCACCUCGACGGACGUGGCUCCAGGAGGCCAGACGCUGCGACAGGAGCUGGUGCGGCAGCUGGUGGAGCGCCACAAGGUGGAGCAGCGCAGCAACCACAAGAGCCAGUUCCUCGCCAACAUGAGCCACGAGCUGCGCACGCCCCUGGCGGGCAUAAUCGGGCUCUUGGACCUGCUGGCGUGCGACGCCCUGUCCCCCGAGCAGGAGGCCAUGGUGCUCCAGAUCAAGCGCUGCGCCUCAGGGCUGCUCGCCCUCAUCAACAACGUGCUCGACAUCUCCAAGGUGGAAGUAGGGGCUCUCGAACUGUCCCUCGCGCCGUUCAGUAUAGUGACAGAGAUGGAGACCCUCCUGGACAUGUUUGCAGUUCACUGCAUAGGCAGCGGCGUGGACCUCUCCAUGGACCUGGCGGACGACCUACCGCCCCUGGUGCUGGGCGAUGCAAUGCGGUUCAGACAGGUGGUCAGCAACCUGCUGUCCAACAGCGUCAAGUUCACGCAGCAGGGGCACAUCCACGUGCGCGCGUGGGUCGUGCACACCCCCAAUACCAUUGCCAUGUCACGAGCAGCCCUGGAGAGUGGGGCGGACAUCCGCUCCUUGCGGAUGAGCACUCUCAACGCUCUCCUGCCCCACAAGCUGCACCCUGCUGCUUCUGCAUCCCCUUCGUCUGCUGCCGUGUCUACCGCUGCUGCCGGUGCAUCUGCUGCUGGUAGUACUGCUGCUGCUGCUGCUGCUGCUGCUGCUGUGCCGCCUCGUGGGCACAACUGCGGGUAUUCUUCCCCAUCAAUGAAGCGCUCUGCUAGUUUCAGAGAGCAGAGAAGCCCACUGCUGGGACGCACGGAUGGGGGGCUGACAUCCCACAGCAGCGGGAGAGCCCCAGCGGAGGCCUUGCAAGGGCUGUGCAUGGGAGGUGUGGUGGCAGGCGCAGCAGCAGCAGCAGAUGAGGAGGGAAGCGAGCUGAUGGAUAUAGUGGUGGAGAAAGGGGGAAUGGGGGUAGGAGAGGGAGUGGGGAGGGAUGUGAGGGUGGACGUCGGAGGGCAAGCAGACGGAACAGUCAGCAGUGGGGCUGGAGCAGGCGCACCUGGUGCAGGUGGAGCUGAGGAAGAUGCGGUUGCAGGUGAAGGGGGGGACGCACCUGGGGAAGGUGCGCCUGGGGAAGCCCAGCCUGCUGCUGACGACGACCGCGUGCUGAUAAUAUUUGAGGUGGACGACACGGGGUGUGGUAUACCACCGGAGUUGAGAGAGCAGGUGUUUGAGAGCUUCUGCCAGGUGGACGAGUCGUCCACGCGCGUGCAUGCGGGCUCGGGCCUGGGACUCAACAUAGUCAAGGGGCUGGUCCAACUCAUGGGGGGGCAUGUGGCCGUUGCGGAGAAGGAUGGGCCAGGUGCUCUGAUUAGGUUCUCCCUCAUGUUGCCCCCUGUGCCCUCCCCUGCUGCUGCUGCUGCUGCUUGUGAUGCUGAUGGCGCUGCUGCAACUGCUGACGGUGCUGCUCUCGUGGACGACCCAGACCUAUCCGCGUCUUUCAUUCCAAGGCUUGGUGAAGGUCUUUCGGAGAAUCCAUGGGGAGAGCUGGCGGCCUCACCUCCCCAAGCAGCCACCCCUGCUCUCAACCACCGCGAGGUUCAGGUGCUGCUGGCAAUGGAGGAGUGUCCAGGCAAGGCCACGGCGGUCAAAUGGCUGGAAGCUCGGAGCAUCAAGGCCCGGCAGGUGCAAGAAUGGGCCAGCAUAAAGUCCGCUCUAGACCAAGCCGUCCACGCAUCCCUGCUGCAACGUCAAACUGCAGCGCUUGCUGCCAUUGCCGCCACGAUCGCUCCUGGCAGGGGCGCUGCUGCUGGUAGGGCACCUGCAGGUGGAGAUGGAGAGGUGCAGAGCGGUUCUGGGGUAGGAGGCAUGGGGUAUGUGUCAUCUGAGGCUCGGCGGCGGUCGUUCACUGCCCCUGUUGUGGUUGGAGGGAGUGCAGAAGACUUGCUAGGGGUUAGCGGGGCGUCCCCGUCGAGAUUGGAGCGCCUGGUGUCUCAGGCGUCCCCCUCCAGACUGGAGCGUCUGGUGUCUCACAUGUCCCCUUCGAGGCUGGAGCUGUCCUCGAUAUUCCCCCCUUCUCUUGCAGCCUUGGCAGGUCUCGGGCACUCCGGCCACCACACUCACUCCGGCCACCACACUCACUCCGCCCACCACACUCAGUCUGGUCAGUCAGGUCAACCAAGCCAACCAAGUCAGCAGCACAGCACAGCACCUUGGGAAGCCACAGCGGUUUUCUCCCAAGGGGCGGGCAUUUCUAUGCCUCUGGGAGGAACAGUGGGGUCGCAACCACAGGUGGCUACUGCAGAGGAAGCUGCUACUGGGAGUUGGGAGAAGAGCGCUGUUGAUGGGGACAGGGGCAAGGAGCGUGCAGAGGAGAAGGGGAGGGAGGAGGAGAACGAGGGGGAGAGUGAGGGGGAGAAGGGUACGGAGAGGGCGUGUGAAAUGGAGGAUAGGGAGGAGAGGCAGACAGACAGCAACACGAACACAGAUUACUCCCACACCUACCCCAUCCUAGCCGUCAUCGACAUCAUGUUGCUUCCAGGAAGCCGCGAGCUCUGCAGUCCGCCGCUGGACCUGGCAGAGCAGGACCCUCUGGCAGUGGGGGCGUCAUCAGCUGGUGCUCUGCCUCGCUUUGACAUGCACGGCGAGGUGGAUCUCAGCAGCCCUGGUGCUCGCCCCUUCCUGGUGCCGCCUGAGCUGGAGCGGCUGUGUGCUGACCUCAACACCAUCCGCUCCCAGAGACCCCAGAUUGCAGAGUCACUCGUAGUGGCGUGGCUGGUGCCCUCGGGGGUGGACCCUCGCCUGCGCCGCUUCCUCCAGCAGCAGCGCCACUCACUCGUCACCAGCCGCCCCCUUCACGCCUCCCGCUUGCGUUACAUCCUCUCCUGCUUCGCCCACGCCCUCUCCGGGGAGCCCAUGGGGGGGUCCUCCUCCCGAAACUCAUUCGCUACUGUGGUCCCAUCUCCUGCCUUGGUACCUCCUGCUACUAUGGUCUCAUCUCCUGUGUUUGGCUCCUCUGCUGCUGCUGCUGCUGCUUCUGCAGUCCCUUUUCCCUCUGCCGAACCUGCGGGAACGUUGACCUCUGCCGAACCUGCGGGAGCGUUGACCUCUGCCGAACCUGCGGGAGGUUUUGCCACUGCCGAACCAACUUCCCUUGCAGCACCUAAUGCUUCUGAGUCGCCUAGUGCUCCUUCUGCAGCAGCAGCACCCACUGCCUUGGAGGUACAUGUGGAAACACUACACGAGUGCCCUGACCCUUUGGACACUGUAACGGUAACCGCCUCCUCCGCGUUACAAGGUCUAUCCAGUGCUGCAAAGCCUACUGCAGCCUCAGACCCCAUGGUGCCCUCUACAGCACCUGUAACAACAGCACCCGUAGCACCUGUAGCACUUGUAGUACCAGACGCACCUGUAGCACCUAUAGCGGGAGUGGAGGGAGUGGGUGGAGGGGGAGGAGCAGGCACAGCAGCAGCAGGGGCAGGAAAUGUUGUAGCAGGAGUAGCAGCAGCAGCAGCAGCAGCAGCAGCAACCACCACGGCAGCAGCAGCACCGGGGCUAGAAGGCUCCAGCAUUGCUGCAGCAGCUGCUGGCUCUCCUCGCCUGGGCGGGUCUGGGAGGCUCUCUCACCGGGGCUCUGGUGGCUUACCACCCAAGGGCCCUGUUUCCGCUGCUGCUGUUGCUGCUGCCACCAGCUACUUUCAGUAUUACCAGCCGCAGCAGCAAGGGCAGCAGCAGGGCUUUUUGGGCGCAUAUGCGUUGGUAGCAGGGGCUGCCAGUGCUACUUCUCCUGCUGCGGCCUCCCCAGGCAGCUUCAGUGGCGCUAUGGGUGCUGCUGUAGGUGGUGGUCCUGCUCCCACACCUGACAGGCCAUCUGAUUUUACAGGGCCUGGGGAACCUGGAGUUCCUGCAGAGCUUGCUUCUCUCUCUUCUGAUUUCACUGCGCCUACUGCUCUCUCUCCCUUCUCCCGCCCAGCAGUGCCUACCCCAGCAAUGCCUGCCCCAGCAACGCCUGCCCCAGCAGUGCCAUCCUUAGUGCAGUCCACAGGCUCACCCGUGGACGCCCCUCUGUCGCUCAACUCGGUGUGGGAGAGCAUCAUGCGCAGUAAGAGGCGCCAGUCCGCCUCUGCUGCUGCGUCUGCCUCUGCUGCUGCUGCCACCGCUUCUGCCACUACCGCUGCUGCUGGUGCUGUUUCUGCUCCUGAUGCUGCUGGCGCCAUGAGCGCGAAGGGCUGGAUUGGAGGUGGAGGGAAGGAGGGCGAUGGGAGCCACAGCUGGCGAACAGGGUUUGGGCUAGGAGGAGGAGGGUUGGCGGCAGUGGCAGCACACCCUGAGGCGCCUCAGAAGUCAGGAGGAGACUCUGGAGCAGCAUUCGGAAUCCACGCUGCUGCUGCUGCAGAAGCAGCAGCAGCAGGAGGUGUGGGAGGUGGGGAGGUAGGGGAGGAGGAGGGGGAGAGUGUGGAGCAGGAGGAGCAGGGGGAGGGAGGAAGUGCAAGGAGACGCCUAUCUUUCACCGCUUGGCGCAUGCCAUCAGGCCCUGUUUUGGGAUCUAGUGGUGAUGCUGGGGGGGUGCCUCUAAGCAUACUGCCAGUAUCUGGGACUGUUUUGGCCCCUGGUGGUAAUGUACCCGCUGCAUCUCCUCACAGUACCCAACGACCGUCUACAACACAGCUUGCAACUCAACGCCCCUCUGCAUUCCCGUACACCACUCAGCCCCCCUCUGUAUCUCCUCACACACAUGCCCCCUCCUUGCAGCACCGUUCGCACUCAGACCAGUUGGCUCGCAUGACAAAUGCCAGUCUUCCCAGCACCCAUCCUCCCCGAUCAAGCCUGUCGGAUGGUCUCGAGCGGCUGCGGCUGAUCAAUCUCAACCUCACUCCUCACGCCUCCUCCUUGGCUCAACGCCCUUUCGCAGCCGCCGCCGCUGCUGGUGUCGCUGCUGCCUCCCUUGCUUCCCCCUCCGCUCUUCCUCAGUUUACCACUCUCACAAGCCCGGGCCAGGGAGGCAGCCUCAGGAGAGGCUCGGCGCAGAUCCGGAAGCUGAGUGGCAGCUUCGGUAGCAGCUUCGGGGGCAAUGCUGGUGGGAGGGGGGGUUUUAAUGGGGGCGGAAAUGUAGCUGAGAGUGGUAAUCUCGGGGGAGGAAUUGGCAGGUAUGGUAAUGGUGGUGGUGCUGCUCCUGCUGCUGCUGCUAGUGCUGCUGCUGGUGCAGGAGGCCUGGGCGGCAUUGGGCUAGGCUGGCCCGGCCUGGCGAACCUGCCGCACUUCGCGUCUCUGUCCGGCGCCUCCCGCCUAGGCCUCAUACGCUCCAUGUCAGCUGUACAGAGCUACGCUGCUGCAUCCUCCCUCUCCGUGCUCUGCCAGCCCAGCAUGCUCUCAGGCUUUAGCUACGACGGUAUGGGGUACGACCAAGCUAGCUUGCUGUCUGGGAUAGGGUACGAGCCUAUAUUCGAGGGGCCUCCGAGGUCGCCUGGCGUGCCGCCUGGCGUGGUGCCUGGUGUUGGGUAUGGGCAGGCUAGGCCUUAUGCGAACAGUGGGAGAAGCCCGGGGGUUGGGAUGCACAUGAGGGGAGGAAGCGCAGGGAGUUGCGGCGGUUUUGGCAUGGGCACGGGCACGGGCACGGGCAUGGGCACGGGCAUGGGCAUGGGCAUGGGCAUGGGCAUGGGCAUGGGCAUGGGCACGGGCAUGGGCACGGGCAUGGGCAUAAGCAUGAAUUUGGGUGGUUCCACUGGUAAUUUGCGUUCUGGUUUGCGGCACUCUGGCGCCGUUGCCACGUCACCUGCCCAUGCCACGUCACCUGCCCAUGCCAUGUCACCUGCCAAUACCACAUCCCCUCACUCUCAACCAUCAGCCUAUCACAGGAGAGGGGCCAGCCCAGCGCCCACAUUCUCCCAACCUCCAGCGUACCUUAAUGGCAGUGCCAUUCUCUACUCCACCCACCCCCAACAAGCAGCAGGGUUUUCCAGGGCGGGAUUAGCAGCAACUAGCCCAGUAUCACCUGUGCGUGAGACGCCCCAGCAGCAUGCCAGCCCAGUGUCCCCCCACUGGCAGGAAAAUACAUUUCCCGGUGGAAUUGGGGGUGGAUUGGCAGCAGCUAACCCGGUGUCGCCGCACUCCCAGGCAGCAGGCUACCUGAGAGGCCUUCACGGGAUGGCUCGGGCCAGCUCCGCCUCUCUUGAGGCGCCCAAAGCCAUAGCUCGGGCUAGCGCAAGUGCGAGUGCAAGUGCGAGCGCGGCCCCCAAAGGCAUGCCUCGCAGCAGCUCGGGCUCUCUGGAGGCAUCUCGAGUCGUGGUGGGAAGGUCCGCCAGGCACCACUCCGCUAGGCACGCGACGAAUGGGGCGAGUGGGGCGACCAAGCAGCCCGCCGCUGUGCAAGUAACCGUGCAGCCAAGUGUGCAAGCCAUUGUACAAACGGCCACGAAGUCAAGGAUGCAAGGAGCCAUGGAGCCACCAGCCAUGCAUUCAGCCAUUCAGCCAGCCUUGCAACCUCUUGUCCAGCCAAUUGUGCCCCCCAGUGUGCAACCAACCCUGCAGCCAACCUUGUACCAGGGCAGCGAUGCCACUGCUGGUGCGCCCCAGUCGGAAACGCAUUCCCAAGCCGGCGAUAGGCUUGGUAGAGGUUCGGUAGGGGGGGCGGAAUGGCUGAUCAGGGUCGAGGCCAGGGAAGCAGGGCUGCCGGGGGGGGCGGUUGGGGGAGCAGGAGGAGCAGGGGGAGCGGAACUGGCAGUGGGAGCAGAAGGCAAAGGAGUGAGAGAUGCUGUGGGAAAAUCAGCGGAAAGGUGUGAUGGUGCCAGUGCUGAUUCUAGUGCUUAUGCUGCUGCCAGUGCUGCUGCCAGUGGUGCUGCCAGUGCUGCUGCCAGUGCUGCUGCCAGCAAUAGUGUGGAGACGGCGGAGUCAAAGGUGCUCGCUGCUUUUGGGACAGAUCAGCAGGAUGGGGCGCGUGCUGAGGCGCCUCAAAGCGCAUCAGGGUCAGGGACACACGAGCAGGAUGGGAGUAGCAGACUGUUCCGAAAAGGGACAGCCCUCGAGUUUGGGCCUCUGAGGGGCUUGUCUGUGGAAGUGCCAGGCGGUUUAGGGGAGUUUCUUGCUGUUGGGAAUGGUCCAGGUGAAUCUGGAGGGUUGUCAGGUGAAUGCGAGGAGGUGCCUUGCGCCAUGGGGAAGCACCUGGACCAGCCAUCUGGGCAGAGACUGCAGCAGAGGCAGGAACACGGGCAGCAGCAACAAGAGCAAGAGCAGCAAUGGCAACAGCAGCAACAGCAGCAACAGCAGCAGCAGCAAGGGCAGAAACAGCAGCAGCAGGGGCAGCAGCAGCAGCAGCAUAAGCAGAAGCAGCAGCAAGAGAAGGCACCACAGUCAGCGAGCACCCAUGAGUUCCCUUGGCGCCAGUCCUCAUCUCUCCUGCGCUCCACAUCCGGGUCCAUCUUCACCACCGUAUCAAGCUCCCUGUCAGGCACCCCCAGCACGCUCCUUCCUGUCCUCGUCCCUGCCUCUGACUCCUCCCGGAAUCAGCAUGGGUCGCCACCGCUGCCAUCUCCCUCCCACACCACCCCCCCGCGCCCAGCCACCAGCCCCUGCUGUGGCGACAACCCCAGGGGCUUUCCCCAGGGAGGCAGGGGAGGGCUAGAAGGCAGGGGGGUGAGCGAGAGAAGGGCCAGGAGGGAGGGGGGAGGAGGGAGGGAUAAGGGAACGGAGGGGGUUGAGUGGGUAGGUGAGGGAGAGGAGAGGCCAAGGCGUGGUUCAGGUUGGGAGGGGGCAGGAGCAGCAGGUGUGCCACCAUGGGAGGGGGCAGGAGGGGGAGGCGCAGCAGCAGCUGGUGCUGCAGCAGCAGCGGGCGCACGUGUGUCGCCUUGCAGCAGCCUCAGCAGUCCCUCAGGCAACCCCAAUCCGGGGGGGCUGCUGUCGUUUGGCUCUGUGGCAGAGGCGCUGAGCUCUGUGUGGGGGGGGAGGGAGAGUAGGGGUGAGGGACAGAUAGAGGAGUGGGGGUCUAUGGGCAAGAGGAGUGGAAGCAAAGGGAGGGUGCGGGCUGGGGGGGAUGGAGGGGGGGAAGGGAUAGGCGGGAGGAGGAGUAAGCAGGAGAGGCGAGGUGCCAGCAGGAGUUACAGUGAUGUGCUGUUCGAGGCUCUAGGAGCUGUGCACUUGGAUCCACCUGCUGCUGCUGCUGCUGCGGCUGCUGCUGCACGCCUGGAUUCAUUUCCAGAGUUCCAGGAAGCGGCCCACGGGAACCUGCAGCAGCAGCAGCAGCAGCAGCAGCAGCAGCAGGGGGAACCACGCCUGGCACAAACACAGUCCAAGCCCCUCUCUCUCUCCCAGUCACUCACACUGCGCCUCUCAGGGCUCUCUGGGUUCUCAGGCAUCUCUGGCCUCUCGGGCUUGUCUGGCUUGUCAGGGCUCUUCCGCAGCAACUCCUCCUCAGACUACGAGGCAGCAGCAGCACUCACAGCACUGGGUGACUCGUCCCGGUUCGGUGACGGCAGCAGCAGCACGGGCAACAGCAGGCAGGGCGUGUCUGGCGCUCAUGAUGGCGGCACCCCGCGCCGAGCCAGCAGCGCCCGUGCCAGGGACAGCAGCGUCGGCGGCCGGCCGGGCCUGGAGUCCUCCCCAGCCGUCACAUCUGGAAGGAAAUCGCGGGAGGGCAGCCGGCAAAAGCAGCGGAGGGCGAAAAGAGUGUCUGAGGCAUCUGCCGCCGCUGGUGGUACCUUAGCAGCCGCUGGUGCCUUUGUAGCAGCUUCUGGCGCUGCCCCUCCCACUCCCGUCCUCUCCAGUUCCUCCCGCUCAGGCAGUGUCGGCCCCUCCACCCCCACCACGCCCCCCACGGCAACCCGGCCGAGUUUUGAGGCGCCCCAGAGAAGGGGGAGGCCGAGCUUCGAGGCCCCUCAGAGCAGAGCUCGGCGGAGCAUGUCAGGGUCACUCACCCCAGGCAGGGCCGCAGCAAGAGCAGCAGCAGCCGCAGCAGCAGCAGCCGCAGCCGCAGCAGCCGCAGCACCAGGGUCAGGAGCAGCAGCAGGAGCAGCCGGAGCAGCAGCAGGAACGGGUGGACCGUCAGCUUCUCCCUCUGCCUCUGGCUCGUCCGCCAUGCCCACAGGCAAGCCCCUGUCAGGGCUGCACAUACUAGUAGUGGAAGACACUGUAGUUCUGCAGAAGCUUGCUGCCUCCAUGCUCAAGAAGAUGGGCGCACGUGUGUCCGUGGCGUCAGACGGCCAGCAGGCUGUUGCUGCGGUGCUGAAGUCGUGGAAGGAUGAAGAUGCUAGUGCAGAUGCUGCUGAUGGCGCUGCUGGUGCUGGUGGUGGUGCUCCUGCUGGUAGCAGCAACGGCAGUAGUAGCAGCAGGAGGAAGAGUGGCAGCAUUGCAAGAGAUGCAAUUCUGGCCGGCUCACCUGCAGCAGCAGCAGCAGCAUCUCUAGCUGCUGGCGAGGAAGGGCAGAUAGAGAGAGCUCGAAGCAGCAGCCCGGCUCAAAGGCAGACCAAUUCGAGCACCACAGGCAAUGCAGGAAACACAGGCGAAACAGACAGCCCCCGCACCCCUACUAGCACCGUGCGGUCCCUGUUCUCCGGUGCUGGCGCCGCCUUUCACUCCAAACCUCGCCGUGGAGGCAGCGGCACUCUCUCUUUCCUCCUCUCCCCCCUCCUCUCCACUGCAGAAGGAGGAGGAGGGGGAGGAGGGGUUGGCGAAGGGUCUGGCAGAGCAGGUGGGCAGCAGCGCCAAUCAACUGAGCUUGGUGAGGCGUGGAGUGGGGUGAAGGUGGCUCCUGCUGCUGCUGUUCCACAGGACGCAGGGCGAGUUGAAGAAAGGCCCAGGUCGUCCUUUUCCAACCCGUUUGACUCACUGGGGACAGCUGCAGCAGCAGCAGCAGCACCAUCGGUGGCAGCAGGGUAUGCCAGUGAUGCUGUGGCUGCAGCUCGGGUGGAUGGGCCCAGCAGCAGUGGGACGAGUGGAGGGGACGCAGCAGCAGCAGCAGCAGCAGCAGCAGCUCCAUUUGACAUUGUACUUAUGGACUGCCAGAUGCCAGUGAUGGACGGGUACACGGCCACGAGGGCCAUUCGUGCAGCGGAGAGGGGCACGGGUCGCCACACCAUCAUCUGCGCACUCACAGCUCACGCGCUCGCCAGUGACGAGGCCAAGUGCAGACAGUCAGGAAUGGACGGCUACCUCACCAAACCAAUUAACAUACGAUUGCUGGUUGACACGAUUCAGCGGCUGGUCAGCAGCAACAGGAGGGCUGCAAGGCGAAGCCUGAGCAACCUUGGCAUGGCUGCUGGGGCUGGUGGCAGCGGCACUGCCAAUCCAGGCAGCUUCAGCAGCGCCUCUAGUAAUAGCCCAUACACCAGUCCUCUAGGGUCAGCUGCCAGUAGUAUCCACCCUAGUACAGGCAUACGGGCAUCACUGUCUUACACCAUGGGGGCUGAAAGGGUAGGGGCAUCGAACAAUGCGAACUGACCCAGCUAUGUAAUGAUAAGU